AUGACAUCCAAAUUCCCCAGCUCCGAGAAUUAUCGCGCGGAAAUCGCCCAAAUGGAAGAGGACGCAGACACACAUAACCACCAGAAUGAUAUUGGCGGUAGCGCUGCAGAUAUGAGCAAGAACAUGACGACUGUGCGCCAAUCGCGCAGUCGACGUAAGUCUCAUGGUCCGCGUUCACCUACGACUUCACGCAAGGCGAGGGCCAGCUCCGGAUCUGCGUCUAAGAGAAGAAAUCCCUCGAAGAGCUAUCAUCCUCAUACAAACCCAAAGGGAUAA